UAGUAGUGCCAGUGACAUAUAUUUGUAUGGUGAAAUGUUAUAAUUUGAUGUGUUCAAAUUUAUUUUAGUUUGAUAAAAGGCUCUCUUUCAACAAAAAAUAAUAGGUUUAAUUUAGAAGUAAUUAGUUAAGAAAUCCCAUCAAAAUGGGGUCCUUAUUCCGUAGUGAAGAAAUGGCAUUAUGUCAGUUGUUUUUGCAAAGUGAGGCUGCAUAUGCUUGCGUGUCUGAAUUGGGAGAAUUAGGUCUAGUACAAUUUCGUGAUUUAAAUCCUGAUGUCAAUGCAUUUCAAAGAAAAUUUGUUAACGAAGUUCGUCGCUGUGAUGAAAUGGAAAGGAAAUUACGUUACUUGGAACGAGAAAUUAAAAAAGAUGGUAUUCCAAUGUUGGAUACCGGCGAAAAUCCUGAGGCGCCUCAACCAAGAGAGAUGAUUGAUCUUGAAGCGACUUUUGAAAAAUUAGAAAAUGAAUUACGUGAAGUAAAUCAAAAUGCAGAGGCUUUGAAGCGGAAUUAUCUGGAACUGACAGAACUAAAACAUAUUUUACGUAAAACUCAAGUAUUUUUCGACGAGGUAAUCCCAAGUAUUUGCCAGGCUGAAGGAUUUAAACCAAGGCAAAAAUAUGUACGACGCCCGCAGAUGGCGGAUCCGUCACGCGAGGAGGAGCAAGUCACAUUAUUGGGCGAAGAGGGCCUAAGGGCCGGCGGACAAGCUCUUAAAUUAGGUUUUGUUGCUGGAGUUAUUUUACGGGAGCGCUUACCAGCCUUUGAACGUAUGUUAUGGCGUGCCUGCCGUGGAAAUGUAUUCUUACGUCAAGCUGAAAUUGAAACUCCCCUUGAAGAUCCAUCUUCAGGUGACAACGUAUUCAAGUCCGUAUUUAUUAUUUUCUUCCAAGGAGAUCAGUUGAAAUCUCGUGUUAAAAAAAUAUGUGAAGGAUUUCGGGCAACUUUAUAUCCAUGCCCAGAAGCACCAGCUGAUCGCCGUGAAAUGGCUAUGGGUGUCAUGACACGUAUUGAAGAUUUAAAUACGGUUUUGGGACAAACUCAAGACCAUCGUCAUCGUGUAUUAGUAGCUGCUGCUAAAAACAUUAAAAAUUGGUUCAUUAAAGUUCGCAAAAUCAAAGCGAUUUAUCAUACACUAAAUUUCUUUAAUUUGGAUGUAACUCAAAAAUGUUUAAUUGCUGAAUGCUGGGUCCCAUUACUGGAUUUAGAAACAAUUCAAUUGGCUUUACGACGAGGAACUGAACGGAGUGGAAGUUCUGUACCGCCGAUUUUAAAUCGAAUGGGCACAUACGAAGAUCCACCAACGUAUAACCGUACUAAUAAAUUCACGUCAGGUUUCCAAGCAUUAAUUGACGCGUACGGUGUUGCUUCAUACCGGGAAAUGAAUCCAACUCCAUAUACAAUCAUCAGUUUUCCAUUUUUAUUUGCUGUUAUGUUUGGUGAUCUUGGCCAUGGCUUAAUUAUGUUGCUGUUUGCUGCUUGGAUGGUUCUUAAAGAAAAACCCUUAGCUGCCCAAAAAUCAACAAGCGAAAUAUGGAACAUAUUCUUCGGAGGACGUUAUAUUAUUUUCUUGAUGGGAAUAUUCAGUUGUUAUACUGGCUUAAUUUAUAAUGACGUAUUUUCUAAAUCAUUAAAUGUAUUUGGAAGUAAUUGGAGAGCCUCAUAUAACGUAUCAACAAUUCUCGAAAACAAAGAUCUACAGUUGGAUCCAGUUACUGAUUAUCUACAAUAUCCAUAUCCAUUUGGAAUGGAUCCAGUAUGGCAAUUGGCGUCAAACAAGAUUAUCUUUCAAAAUGCAUACAAAAUGAAAAUUUCAAUUAUAUUUGGUGUCUCCCAAAUGUUGUUCGGUGUAUUUUUAAGUUUAGUGAAUUUCAGAUAUUUCAAGAACACAAUCAGUAUUUAUUUCGAAUUCAUUCCCCAAAUUAUAUUUUUAUGCUUUUUAUUCGUUUAUAUGGUCUUAUUAAUGUUCAUUAAAUGGAUUAAAUACUAUCCAACAAACGAUCCAACCUAUCUUCCGGUUAGCCCUCGAUGCGCUCCAUCUAUUUUAAUUACAUUCAUCAAUAUGGUAUUGUUUAAACCCGAUACUCCAGAAAAAGCUUGUAGUGACCCAAUCUAUCCAGGUCAAAGUGGUAUACAAAAAUUACUUGUCGUUAUCGCGUUUUGCUGUAUUCCAGUCAUGUUAUUCGCAAAACCAUGGUAUAUAGUCAAACAUCAAAAUAAACAUCAAUCGGUAUUAGAUAUAAAUGCCGAAGAUCAAAAUUCACAAGUAGCCCCAACUCAUGGUGAAGAGCAUGACGUCGGUGAAAUGUUUAUUCAUCAAGGUAUCCAUACAAUUGAAUACGUUCUUGGGUCAGUUUCUCAUACUGCUUCAUACCUCCGUUUAUGGGCCUUGUCGUUAGCUCAUGCUCAAUUAUCGGAAGUAUUAUGGAUUAUGGUUAUGAAAAAUGGUCUAGGAUUCCAAGGAUGGUUGGGUGGUGUUGCGUUAUGGGUUAUAUUUGGAAUGUGGGCGGUUCUUACCAUUGCCAUUCUAGUUUUGAUGGAAGGUUUAUCUGCAUUUUUGCAUACAUUACGUUUGCACUGGGUUGAGUUCCAAAGUAAAUUUUACACAGGUGCAGGUGUACUUUUCCAACCGUUUGAUUUUAAUAAACUUGUAGAGACAACUUCAACAACUGGAGAUGAAGCUCCAUAAUUUAACAAAAAUUGUAUUAUGUUACCCUUAAAAAAUAUACUAAAUGGAAAACUUUUUUUUGCCAACUAAUAAAUGUUGUUGUUGUAGAAAAAAAUCAUUAAUAAAAUUUAGAAAUGCAUGCAAUAA